UUUGCUUUGUUUAUUGAUUGUUGGGCGUGUAAACACAUUGAUUAGAAUUAUUUAUUUAUUGUAACAAGCUGCCGCGAACAGUAUGGAUUUCGAUAGUCCAGAAGAAAAGGAAUUUCCCGGUCUAUACGCAUCCGAAGCAGUCGACGCCAAGUCCAAAAAGAGCAAGGAGGAAAGUGAUUAUAGCGAAGGCGAUCACGAGAAACACAGCAAGAAGGAUCUCAUUGGACGACGAAAGGACAAGAAGGAGAAAGGCAAAGAUCGCGGCUAUGCGGCGCUAGAAGGUGAAAGUUCACCCGAAGAGGAGCUUGACACCAAAAGUCCCUCCAAGUCAAAGAAGUCCAAGACUUUCAAAUUCACCAGCUCUAAAAGCAAAGAGAAACGUGAAAAGUCACGUGACAAGGAAAAGGAACCAAAAGCAACCGAGGAUGAGCCGGUCCAGAAAGUAAAAGACAAGGAUAAGGAUAAAGACAAAGAUAAGGAGAGACAGCACGAAGAGAAAGAGCACAAAAAGAAGGACAAGGAGCGUAAGGAGAAGGACAAAAAGGAUAAGUCCGACAAGAAAGACAAAAAGGACAAGAAGAGCAAGCAAACACAACUCGAGGAUGCCGCUGGUGUCGAAGAAGUUCUUGCCUUGGGGUAUCCUAUCUUCGGUGUCUCCGUCAGCUUGGCCACCGAACGCUCACGCUGUCACGAUGGCAUCGAUCUGCCGCUUGUGGUGCGUGACUGCAUCGAUUUUCUGCAACAGAAGCAAUCGUUGAAGUGUGAGCAAAUCUACAAAGUAGAGCCCAUCAAGACGCGUCUGCUGCACUACAAACGUCUGUACAAUAAUCGCGAGCACGAUGCCACUGUGGAUGAACUCAACAUACCCACCGCCUGCAGUCUGCUGAAGUUGUUCUUCCGUGAACUGCCAGAGCCAGUAUUGACCACCGAUCUGGUGGCUCGCUUCGAGGAGGUUGCUUCGCAUCCUAAAGUCACGGAGCAGCAGGCAGAGCUGCAGCAACUGCUGGAGCAACUGCCAAAAUGCAAUCGCACGCUCUUAGCCUGGAUGAUGCUGCACUUUGAUGCGGUAAUACAGCAGGAGCGUUACAACAAGCUAAAUGCGCAAUCGUUGGCCAUGUUGCUCAGUCCGACACUGCAGAUGUCGCAUCGCUUAAUGGUGGCUCUCUUGUGCCACUGUACGAAUCUCUUUCCAGACGUCAAGCUGAUAAAAUAUGUACCUCCAUUGACAUCCACCAGUCCUGGGUUGCCGGACAAGCCCGAGGACAUUCAGUUGGAGCUGCGCAAGCAAGACAGUCUUCUCUCUCAAAUCCACAGCGAAAUGAAUGCGGGUUUCAUUAGCAAGAAGCGCGAGGAACAGCUAUGGGAGGUACAACGCAUCAUCACACAGUUAAAACGUAAACUGCGAAGCUGCGAAAAGAAACAGGAAAGGUCCAUUGAUGAACUGGAUAGCAGCACCUCGGCACAAACGCCCGCUCAACCUGCACCCCCACCACAAAUAGACACUGUUAGCGAGGAUACCACCGACUCCAAGCCAGCACCGCCAACGCACAUUACGCCCGCCGAAGAGCAGCUCGAGGAGCCUAGCUUCUCGGAAUCGUCAGAGAUUGACUAUACAAUCGACAAGCAGACAGGUUAUUUGCUGCUGCCCAAGACAAGUGCACAACGGGAUGAGCUGCUGCGACUGCAAAUCGAAUACGAUGAGUUAAUGAAUUGGCAAAACGAGCUCAAAACUCGAAUUUUAGCAGAACGCAACGAGGUCUUUCGCUUGAAACAGUUGUGUGAGCAGGAAAUGCUUAAGCCAUCAGUUGUAGGGGCCACAAGUCAGGAGCAGAUGCCAGGUGAUGGCGACUAUGAACGUAUCAUUGAGCAUUAUACGCGAGAGAAUGCGCUGCUCGAGCAUAAAAAGCAAAUGCUUGGCAUGGAGCUAAAAGAGGAGCGACGUGCCUGCAUUGCACUACAGGUUGAGCUACGUAUGCAACAGUUUUAAUUUAUGCACUUUUCUCUAUAUUAUAGUUAUCUCUGUCUGUAUGUCAAACGAACAAAAUGAGUAAGAAUUCCAAAUAUAUAAGAUAUAAAGCUUCA